AUGAGGUUGGUGCUACCACUGCAGCUCCUAGACAAAGAUGAUUCUGAUGCUACCACCCAGGUCGCUACUGAAACGGCAACUGUCAUCGCCUCGACUACGAUCGAUGCUCCUGUUGAGCCUACUACUAUCACGUCCCCUCUAUCGGUCAGCACAGCUGCUGUGACCGAUGUGGUUGCUGUCACUACUGCAGCUCCUGUGACUGGCGAGGUGGCCAUCAGCACGGCAGCUGGGGAAGCUCCCGGUAGAGACAAGGAGGAUUCUGAUGCUACCACCCAGGUCGCUACGGAGGCUGGGACUGUCACGACUACGAUCGAUGCUCCUGUUGAGCCUACUACUAUCACGUCCCCUCUACCGGUCAGUACAUCCGCUGUGACCGAUGAGGUUGAUGUCACUACUGCAGCUUCUGUGACUGGCGAAGUGACUAUCAGCACGGCAGCUUGGGAAGCUCCCGGUAGAGACAAGGAUGAUUCUGAUGCUACCACCCAGGUCGCUACGGAGGCUGCGACUGUCACGACUACGAUCGAUGCUCCUGUUGAGCCUACUACUAUCACGUCCCCUCUAUCGGUCAGCACAGCUGCUGUGACCGAUGAGGUCGCUGCUACUACUGUGGAGACGACCGAUUCCGAGACUACUCUCAGUCCGAUUGUGUAG